GAAAGUUGCGUGAUCCAUGUGUGAUACAUGUGUGUGCUCGUGAGGGACAAGCCUUCGAGUCAGACUGGAGAACAAAACUAAGAGGUGUGCAGCUGCCUGGAGUACUGAGCAGAAUCGUUGACAUUGAUCAAGGAUGUUACAUAUGUCCGGCCUAACCAGAAGAGGCAUAAAACAGUUACAAUGGUCGGAGUCUCAGUUACGCUGCCUCUCCCAUUGUUUCACAAACUACGAGGAUGCUCCUACCACUGUGUUCAUGGCACAGACAAACCUGAUAACACCAAAGAAAGGACUGACCACACAACAACCACUACAUAAAGGAAAAUCACACUACUCAAUACUGUGCAGAAAAAACUCAAGGACAGAAUGCCACCCAAGGUUACACUUACGGAAUUUUGAAACGUCUUCCAAGUUUUUUACUUGCUCAAGACUUUUCUCCAACACAGCAGCAGUAUCGGCAAAACCCCCAACAAUAACCAAGAAGAAAAAAUUCUCUCUAAACCCCAUAGACGACCUCCAGCCCUUGGUUCAGGUCCCGCUCCUGCCACAGAUAGAGCGAGUUGUGGACCCCACAGGGGAAGAAGUACAGAGAGCUGCUCAGUUGUUUAGACCAGCAGGGCAGAGACACAAGAUUGAGUUUGUCCUGUCUGCUCCAAGCCCAGAUCACGCACCAGAAAACAGCAGACCAGAGAUUGCCAUCAUGGGUCGCAGUAACGUUGGAAAGUCCACCCUGUUGCAGUGUCUGUUCAGAGAGGUUCCUAACCUGGUAGUCAAGACAUCCAAAACUCCGGGCCACACCAAGAUGGCUAACUUCUUCAGGGUGGGCAGUGCCAUGACGUUGGUAGACAUGCCUGGAUACGGGUACAGGCAGCCAGCAGACUUUGUACACAUCGUGGAGGACUAUCUGCUACAGAGGAAGAACCUGGUAUUAACAGUGGUGCUCGUAGAUGGCAAGUUAGGCAUCGUGCGUCAGGACUGGCACAGGAUCGAGAUGCUGGAACACGCCAGGUUACGUUACGUGCUGGUGAUGACAAAGAUAGACAAGGUGUCGCAACAUGUCCUCCUCAAGAAUGUCCUGGCUGUGAGACAGGUGAUCAAGGAGAGAACAAAGGCAUGUCUUCCUCAGGUGUUCCUGGUCAGUGGCAUGACUGGAGAUGGGGUCCCACUGCUACAGUACUUCUUUGCACAGGUCACUGACUCCCUCAAGUGAUGAGCAGAUGCUAUACUUAUUGUAAUCCUCAAUUUUAUGUAUGGACUUUUGUGUGGUGUUGGUGUGACACAAUUGGUGGAGCGUUCGGCUCGGAAUCGAAAUGUCCCAAGUUUGAUACCCACCAUGCCUCAAAGUUGGACCCUUGGGAAAGGCACUUUACACGACUUUCCGACGGUGGAGUGACGCCCACCGAGCCUCUUCACCUUAUCUGUCUAACUGUGUGCCAAAAACACACUAUGGAUUUGGUGCACCAAUGUGACAACAUCUGCACAGUAAAUUCCACUAAAAAUCAUUAAAUUAUUAUAUUAUCAUAUUAUUAUAUCAUUAUGUAUGGACCAGCAAGAAAGCUGACAAUAAAUUUUUUCAUCAUAUUUCAGACAUGAUGGAAAAAAUGACAUGAGAAAAUAGUUUCAAACAGCGAUAGAAAAACAAAUAAGAAGUCAAAAUGUGUUCCCAGCUUUAUUUCAUUGUUACCGCAUUUUGUAGAAAAAAA